AGUUAUAUAGAAGAAGAAAAGGAAGAGAAAGGGAGAGAGAGAAAGUAGUGGCGAUGGCGAGUUUGCGUUUGCGGAGACAAGAGAGUAGUACAGGGCAGCAGGAUAGUCCGAGGAGUCCAGAGGCGGAGGUGGGGAUGAAAGUGGAGGAUCUGUGGGACGUGCUGGAGCCACAGUUGAGUCCUACUGAGAAGCUUAAUGCUUGUUUUGAGAGCAUCCCCCUCUCUGCCUUUCCUCCUGCACCUUCCUCUCAAGUGAUUGAGAUAAAAUCAGACACCAGUCUAGCUGAGGCUGUUGAUAUACUGGCCCAGAACAAAAUUCUCAGUGCACCUGUUGUAGAUGUUAAUGCAUCGGAGGAUGCGAGUUGGAUGGAUAGAUACAUUGGAAUUGUUGAGUUUGCUGGAAUUGUUGUAUGGAUUUUGCAUCAGACAGAACCUCCUUCUCCAAGGAGUCCAAAUAGGCGUACAGCUUUUUCUGCUGCAGUUAAUGGCAUGAAGAAGACUGUUGAACUUGAGAGUUUAGGCCCUGAAUCUGCUGCAAUGACUUCUGGAAACUUUUUUGAAGCUUUGACUACUUCCGACUUAUAUAAGAACACAAAGGUCGGGGAUAUCUCAGGGUCAUUCCGCUGGGCCCCAUUCCUUGCCUUGCAAAGCUCGAACUCCUUCUUGACCAUGCUCUUGUUGCUUUCAAAGUACAAAAUGAAGAGUGUUCCUGUGGUAGAUUUUGGUGAGGGAAAGAUUGAUAACAUAAUCACCCAAUCUUCAGUUAUUCACAUGUUAGCAGAAUGUGCUGGCCUUCAAUGGUUUGAAAGCUGGGGAAUGAAAAAACUUUCAGAAAUUGGUCUUCCCAUGAUGUCACUUAAACAAAUUAUCAAGGUGUAUGAGGAUGAACCUGUGCUCCAGGCAUUUAAGCUGAUGCGGAGAUACAGAAUUGGAGGCAUACCUGUUGUUGAAAGUGGUGGUAACAAGGCAAUUGGGAAUAUAAGCCUGAGAGAUGCUCAGUUCCUUUUAACUGCACCGGAAAUCUACCAUGAUUAUAGAUCUAUCACAGCAAAGAACUUCCUAACUGCAGUGAAAAACUAUUUGGAAAAUCAUCACGACGACUCACCACUAGUAAGUGGCAUGAUUACGUGCAAAAGCGACAACACAAUCAAAGAACUGAUUCAGCUCCUUGAUUCCAAAAAGAUCCACCGAAUUUAUGUUGUUGAUGAUGAUGGGAAUUUGGAAGGGGUGAUUACACUAAGAGACAUUAUCUCAAGGCUAGUACAUGAGCCCCGUGGCUACUUUGGGGAUUUUUUCGAUGGCGUUUUGCCAUUGCCUGCUAACAGCAGGGUUUAGAAGUAAUAAGAAUUUUCCUUAUAACUCGUCCGAUAGCUAACACGCUUUUUUCUUCAAGUGGUCUUUGCUUUUUCUGUUGGUGGUGUGUUGGAGAGAUGGUUGGAUAAUAAUGAUUGUAAUAUAGGUGAUGCUCAUGUAAUUAAAAUUUUAUCUGAUUUGAUAGAGUUAAAACUUUCUGUAUAUGUUGCUGUAUCCACUCCAUGUCAGCCUCUAUAUAGAAUAUUCUAAUAAUACCAACCCUCUUUUAGUUUGCCUUUUGA